AUGCAACACGCCAAACCCCCAGCCACAAUAAAGGGUAUAAAAGGACCAUGGAGGAAGGAGAGACUCAAACCUACCCAUAUCCACCUCCAUCAGCUCGUCUGCUGUUCCAUCACCUCUCCCAGUACCAUGCCUUACAACUGUUGUCUGUCCAACCUGAGCUGCGGCUCUAGCUGCCCCUCCCGGCCCUGUGUGGCCCCCAGCUGCCAUGACAUCCCUCUACCUGGGGCCUGCAACAUCCCCGCCAAUGUGGGCAACUGCGGCUGGUUCUGUGAGGGCUCCUUCAAUGGCAGCGAGAAGGAGACCAUGCAGUUCCUGAAUGACCGCCUGGCCAGCUACCUGGAGAAGGUGCGGCAGCUGGAGCGGGAGAAUGCGGAGCUGGAGUGCCGCAUCCAGGAGCGGUGCCAGCAGCAGGAGCCCCUGAUGUGCCCCAGCUACCAGUCCUACUUCCGGACCAUCGAGGAGCUGCAGCAGAAGAUUCUGUGUGCCAAGUCUGAGAACGCCAGGCUGGUGAUACAGAUCGACAAUGCCAAGCUGGCCUCUGAUGACUUCAGAACCAAGUACGAGAUGGAGCGCUCCUCCCGGCAGCUGGUGGAGUCAGACAUAAACAGCCUGCGCAGGAUCCUGGAUGAGCUGACCCUGUGCAAGGCUGACCUGGAGGCCCAGGUGGAGUCCCUGAAGGAGGAGCUGCUCUGCCUCAAGAAGAACCACGAGGAGGAAGUCAACACCCUGCGUUGCCAGAUUGGAGACCGCCUCAACGUGGAAGUGGACGCUGCCCCCACCGUGGACCUCAACCGCGUGCUCAAUGAGACCAGGUGUCAGUAUGAGGCCCUGGUGGAGACCAACCGCAGGGACGUGGAGGAAUGGUACACCAACCAGACCCAGGAGCUGAACAAGCAGGUGGUGUCCAGCUCAGAGCAGCUGCAGACCUGCCAGGCAGAGAUCAUUGAGCUGAGACGCACGGUCAAUGCCCUGGAGAUCGAGCUGCAGGCCCAGCACAACCUGAGGGACUCCCUGGAGAACACGCUGACAGAGACGGAGGCCCGCUACAGCUCCCAGCUGUCCCAGGUGCAGUGCAUGAUCACCAACGUGGAGGAGCAGCUCGGUGAGAUCAGAUGCGACCUGGAGCGGCAGAACCAGGAGUACCAGGUGCUGCUGGAUGUCAAGACCCGGCUGGAGUGUGAGAUCAACACGUACCGGAACCUUCUGGAGAGUGAGGACUGCAACCUCCCCUGCAACCCGUGCGCCACCACCAAUGCUUGCGGAAACUCCUGUGGACCCUGUUAAAAGGUUGCUAUUUACUUAAAUACUGACAUCCUCUUUGAAGAUGACAAUGAAGCCAUUUACAUCAAACCUGGAAAAGGUUCCUAGGUACUACUUCGCUGGAGCUCAGGUGCCUUUAGACACCUUGCCAUGCCAACUGUGAUAUUUCUAGACAUGGAAAUGCUUUCCAGAUCCAACAAGCAAAGACACAUCAUCAACUUCCAAUGUCUGAAAAACUCCCUUCCAUUGAAGGUUGAGUCUCUGUAUCUGAGGAUGUCCAACUUCCUGUAAUCGAGCUCCAGGUAUUAUUUUAGGGCGUUCCCAUACAUAUUACAUUUCCUGCUUUCCUGGCUUCUUUGGUAUUCUCUGGAAUGCAAGGAGGCUACUUCAUUUACUUCCCAAUAAACUUUAUU